UGUUCAAGGAAAGAAUUUGAUAAGUGCUUUACUUUUUCUUUCUUGUCUUGAACAGAAUAUACUUUUGCUUGGCGGAGGAGAAAUGUGCAGAAUCAAGUGUCUGAUUCUCCAUUAGUCCAAUGCAGCAAGUUUAUUCCUCCAAAACUCUCUAAUCUUUAUUGGCUAGUGAUCUGUUUUUGCUAGCUCACUGCACCACGAUCCUCAAACAUUACAGCAAGCCUGACAGCUUUCUGUUUCUUGCUUGAUCAGGUUGCAGUGAAGAAUUAAUGGCGGAGACUUUCUUGAGCCCUAUCAUCGAGAAAUUGACCGAGCUACUAAUUGAAGAAGGGUUCUCAUUAAAAGGCGUCCGCAAAGAAGUCAAGAGUUUGAAAGAUGAACUGGAGAUCAUCGAGCCUUUCCUUAAAGAUGCAGAGGCAAAGGUGGAGAAAGACAAAGGGUUUGAUGCAUCAAAAGCAUGGCUGGGGCAAAUACGAGAAGAAGCCGAGCGAAUAGAGGAUUUGGUUGAUGAUUACGUUUAUCGCAUAGAACAUCAUUGCUAUGAAGGUGGAUUCAUGGGAGCUCUUCGAAAAGCAUGUCAUUGUAUCAAAGCGUUAAAGGCACGUUAUGACAUUGCAUCGGAGAUUCAAGAUAUUAAAGAGUCAUUGCAGGGAAUCAAGGAUAGAGGUGUUGGAUAUGGAUUAAGACCUUUGGAGCAGGGAUCAAGUAGCAAACCAACAAAUGGAGAACGACAAGACCCUCGUCUUGGAUCUCUUUUCAUGGAGGAAGAUGAGAUUGUUUGUAUUGAUGAUGCAUCCGAGGAACUUAUGAGAAUGUUGAUUGAUGGAGAAUCCAUGCGCUCCGUGAUUUCAUUGGUAGGUCAAGGUGGAAUUGGCAAGACGACUCUUGCCAGGAAAGUCUACAACGAUGAAGUGGUGAAAGCUCAUUUUGAUUGCCAUGCUUGGAUCACGGUGUCCCAAUCAUACGACAUGAAGAAUCUUUUGAGGAUCGUAUCAAGGCAAGUACGUCUUCCACAAAGAAUAAUUGAAGAAGAAUGCAAUAUUGAUGAGUUGAUAAGUCCACUGAAGCAAUUUUUACAGACAAGGAGGUAUGUCGUUGUUUUCGAUGAUGUUUGGCAAAAUGAUAUUUGGAAUGUUAUGAAAUAUGCUUUGCCAAAUAAUAACAACGGCAGUAGGAUAAUUAUUACAACACGCAAUGAUAAUGUUGCUGCUGUUUCUAAGGAAAACUCUUGCGAUGUUGUGAAAGAGUUACAAAUUUGGUCUUUAGAAAUGGCUUGGCAAUUAUUUUGCAAGAAGGCAUUUCGAAACGACCAGUUUGAGGGGCGUUGCCCGCAAGAGUUGGAGCAAUUGUCGUACGACAUUCUUUGCAAAUGCCAAGGCUUGCCACUUGUUAUUGCAACCAUAGCUGGUGUUUUGUCAACCAAACAAAAGUCUGAAUUUGAGUGGAAAAAUGUGCUCAACAAUCUAACUUCAGAGUUCGAAAAAACAGAUAUUGAAAAGAUUCUCUCCCUUAGUUAUUUUGAUCUUCCUCACCAUCUUAGACGUUGCUUCCUAUAUUUUGGAGUUUUUCAUGAAGAUUAUCGAAUUUAUGAUAAUCAGUUGUAUGGGUUAUGGAUUGCCGAAGGCUUUGUUAAAGCAAGAAGUAACAAGACUCUGGAAGAAGUUGCCGAAGAUUACUUGAAUGAGCUCAUCCAAAGAAAUUUGGUAUUAUUGGAAACAAAAUAUGGAAUAUCUAGAGAAUGUAGAGUCCAUGAUUUGAUGUAUGAGAUCAUCUUAACAAACGCUGGUGAAUGGAGAUUUUGUAAAUCUUUGAAGGGAGGCAAGUCUAGUCUUGCAGAAAGGAGCAGUCGCCUAUCAGUUUAUGGCCCUACAGAGAAUGUUCUGAAAACUGUCGGAGAUUCUCGUAUUCGUUCGGUUUUUCUCUUUGGCACGAAUGAAUUAAGCAAGUCCUUCGUAGUUGGAUUGGGUGAAAAAUGUAAGCUUUUGAAGGUGUUGGAUUUGUCAAAUGCUCCUCUUGAUAAUCUCCCAAAAGAAGUAGGCAAUUUGUUCCACUUGAGAUGCUUACGUUUAAGACGUACAAAGGUGAAAACACUUCCGAAAUCCAUUGGUAAGCUACGCAACCUUCAGACGCUAGAUGUUUCUAAUACAUUAGUGCGGGAGCUACCAAACGAGAUUAACAAACUAACAAAUUUGAGACACGUUUUUGCCUAUUCUCUUGAUAGGCCAACCGAUUUUAGUUUGGAUUGUUUUCGUGGUGUAAAGAUGAAUGAAGGAAUCGGAAGGUUGAUGGAGUUACAAACACUAACGCGUGUUGAAGCAUAUCCCGGAAGAGAAGUUGGUUUCGCGAAAGAGCUACAAAAGCUGAGGAAUAUAAGGUCUUUGAGCAUUUUAAAAGUAACCGCGGAAAUGGGGAUAGCUCUUGGUGCCUCCAUUGAGAAAAUGGACCACCUUAAAGAGUUAACUUUAACUUUAAUCAACGAGGAUGAAGUUUUAGAUUUAAGAUGCAUUUCAUCUCCCCCGCUUUUUUUACGUUGGCUCCAGUUGAAUUGUCGAAUGCAACAGUUGCCGGAUUGGAUUCCAAAGCUUUAUAAUUUGCGGAUGUUGGAUUUAAAGUUCUCAAGGUUAGUUGAUGAACCAUUAAGAUCGCUCAAAGGUUUGCCCAAUUUACUAUUCCUUCGCUUGCUCCAGACAUACGAUGGAGAAGAAUUGCAUUUUGAAGAAGGAGGUUUUCGAAAACUCAAGGAACUUCGAUUAGUGAAGUUGGAAGGAUUAAAAGUGGUGAAAAUAGACAAUGGAGCACUGCCUCUUCUUGAAAAGUUGGAGUUCGGGCCUUUCCCGUUAAUGAUGGAGCCGACGUCUUUCGACAUUCAACAACUUUCCAGUCUCAAAUCACUUGAAAUUCUUGACAUGCCAAGAGAAUUUGUGCUUGGUUUGCAACCAGAUGGAGGACCUUAUUAUAGGAAAAUUCAAUAUGUACCCUCUGUGAAAUUCUGCUACAAAUACAGAGUUGACGGGUACGAUGUGUACAAGCUUGGAAGCUCAGAGGAGAUGGAAAAGUUGGAGUUCGGGCCUUUCCCGUUAAUGAUGGAGCCGACGUCUUUCGACAUUCAACAACUUUCCAGUCUCAAAUCACUUGAAAUUCUUGACAUGCCAAGAGAAUUUGUGCUUGGUUUGCAACCAGAUGGAGGACCUUAUUAUUGGAAAAUUCAACAUGUACCCUCUGUGAAAUUCUGCUACAAAUACAGAGUUGACGGGUACGAUGUGUACAAGCUUGGAAGCUCAGAGUUGUUGCGACGUCUGCAAGAGCAACGCAAUUGAGCUAUGGCACUCUCUGCAGGCAUGUUCUUCUGGAAGCCUACUUUUCUUGUAGGAGUACAUGCAUGCAAAAGGAGCUUGAGGGCAUUGCUCAAACAACGCAGAUGAUUUAUCUGUCCUCUUCAAUGAUUAUGUUAUUACUGAAUUUCUAAAUUAUUCAUGUUUAAUUUCCGUUUGAUGUUUGUAUGGAGAAAAACUCCUAUUGUUGUUUUAAUUUGAGAUGUAUUGCUAAUAAUAAUGAGCCUGAGGGCAUUGCUCAGACCAAGGCAA